AUGGGCCCAGAGCAAGGCUCAGAUGGCACCGGCUCCUGGGGCUACUUAACCGGCUUUGCCGACAGAUACAAAGUGGCCGGUCAGGUGGGGAAGGGAGGCAAUGGCAUUGUCAACAAAGUCGUGCAGAAGGCCACAGGCCGCGAGUAUGCAUGCAAGGUGCUGCCAAAACAGCUGGCCGAUGCUCGCGCAUCGGAACAGAAGAAAGCAGCUCACCCCGAGAGCGUCCGGCACGAGGUGGAGGCACUUUUGCUGCUGCGUGGCACGCUGAAUGUGGCCGGCUUGGAGGCAGCAUAUGAGGAUGAUCGCAGUGUCUACAUUGUCAUGGAGCUCUGUCGGGGCGGCGACAUCAUCAAGGCCAUGAAGAGCAACCCUUCCAACGAGAGCAUGCUCGCAUCCAUCAUCCGAGCGGUGCUGCAAGUGGUGGCGCAUUGCCACGCAGUCAAGUUCCUGCACAGAGACAUCAAGCCAGAGAACUUCCUGCUGUCGGAGGCUGGGGAGAAGGGCCACCUGAAGGCCAUAGACUUUGGGCUGGCGCUGCCCUUUGACCCGGCGAACCUGCCCCUCUCAGUGUCUGUACUGGAAGGCACUCCCUGGUAUUUGGCGCCCGAGGCUUGCAGGGGCAAGUUUGAGCCGGCGACGGAUGUGUGGGCGGUGGGGGCCAUGACAGCGCAGUUGCUGACUGGGGAACUUCCCUUCAACGACCCUGUAUCACCCAAAAUGCCCUCCAUGCAGCGAGCGCGCAGAUCCAUCAUACGGGAUGAGGUGGACUAUGGGAAGAAGGGCUGGAGCCGAGUGAGCCCGCUGGCCAGGGAGUUUGUGGCCAGCCUCCUGCGAAAGGAACCUGCCUCACGGCCGUCAGCUGCACAGGCUCUGAAGCAUCCGUGGAUCCAGGAGGAAGAGGCAGCCGAGCAAGUUGGGGUCCGAAAGAUCGACAAGUCUGUCGUCCAGAGACUCCAGCGCUUUGCGAACGCCAGCUACUUCAAGAGGAGCGUGCUGGAGCACAUAGCUGCAGACAUGCUCACGCUGCGCGCGCGAGAUCAGCAGCCGCUGGACGCGCGGCUGGGCUCCUUCCUGCGGCUUCCGCCGUCCUCUGCCGCCGCCGACAACGAACGGCGGCUGGGCUAUGACUUGGAUCCGGACGAGGUGGAUGCUCUGAUGCGGCAGCUGGAUAUUGCCGGCACUGGCCGCCUCCAAAGCGCAGAGGUGGCUGCCAGCAUCAUAGACUGGCACGCCCUGCAGGAGUGUGCGCGGAGGGCAUUUGAGCAGAUAGACACUGAUGGCAGCGGCUACAUAGAGCGCGAGGAGCUGGUGGCCUACCUCAGCAACAAGCUGUCACCCUACGAGGUGUGCCCCUUGUUUUGUAACAUCCACUACCCCGCUGCCUGGUUGCCCUUGUGCCUCCUUAGACACAUGCCAAGCUGUGGACCUGCGUAA